GGUUACCGUUACCUAAACACGUCUGUGGUUGUCGUAGUUACGACAGGCGUUGAAACAAGGACACUUGUAGCUUCCCUCGUGAAUACCUUAAACGUUUGCCAUUAACAAUGUGAAAAAAUACCGAGACAUUCAUGUCUUGUUUGACAUUUACGUAUUAUUUUCUUCUUUCAACGCCUGGCGUAACUACGACAACCAAAGACACAUUCGGCUAUCAACAGUCUCCAGUUAACACGGUCACUCGUUAAACCGAAACACCCACACGCGCCUCUUGUCACCUUGGCAACUUAAACAAGCGUUUGUGUGGACGUUUCCAUGGGGAGCAGUCGCGCGCGCACACACACACACACGCGCGCGCGCUUUAUCGUAAGUUCUAGGUUUCGAUACUGCGCGAGUUUUAUCUGAGGAAACGUCGCUAUCAGUGGAGCCAGACACUGGAGGAGAGGAGCUGCACCUCUAAAUGGAUCACAUAGGGACUGUGUCAACUGUUGGCUGAGCUACAUCACCACCGCUUUUUAAACAAUGGAUCAGUUACUGCAAGAUGAGUUUUGAGCUUCAAGAAUUGGCGAUCAUCGUCACGUACCGGCCAACAGAAAGUUCUUCCUCCUGGGAAGAGACAGAUUAAAUCCUCCUUGAAGAGGCUGGUGAAUCAGAGGCAAUUCUUUAGCAGAAGAGGACAGGAAACAGGGAAGACAGUUGAUCAAUGAGUCAGUGCUGUGUUUCCACAACUUGUUUUAUGAAUAAGGACAGUUAACAAGCUAAUGAAACCAUCUUGAGAGAUGAUGAAUCGCUACACCACCCUGAGACAGCUGGGUGAUGGCACCUACGGGAGUGUGCUGAUGGGGAGAAGCAAUGAGUCUGGAGAACUGGUGGCUAUCAAGAGAAUGAAGAGGAAAUUUUAUUCAUGGGAAGAGUGUAUGAACCUAAGAGAGGUGAAGUCACUGAAGAAGCUGAACCAUGCGAAUGUAGUGAAACUGAAGGAGGUGAUCAGAGAGAACGAUCACCUCUACUUUGUCUUUGAGUAUAUGAAGGAGAACCUCUACCAGCUUAUGAAGGACAGAGAGAAUAAGAUGUUCUCAGAAAAUGAAAUUAGGAACAUCAUGUUUCAAGUGCUAUCUGGGUUGGUUUUUGUACAUAAGCAUGGUUUCUUUCAUCGAGACAUGAAGCCAGAGAAUCUGCUGUGUAUGGGUCCAGAACUGGUCAAAAUAGCCGAUUUUGGACUGGCCAGAGAGAUCCGCUCCAAACCUCCCUACACAGACUAUGUAUCAACUAGAUGGUACCGAGCUCCCGAGGUCCUACUCAGGUCAUCUACCUACAGCUCUCCUAUUGACCUGUGGGCUGUGGGCUGCAUCAUGGCUGAACUCUACACUCUUAGACCUCUUUUCCCAGGGAACAGUGAAGUGGAUGAGAUCUUUAAGAUCUGCCAAGUCCUAGGCACCGUCAAAAAGACGGAUUGGCCAGAAGGCUACCAACUAGCAUCUGCUAUGAACUUUCGGUUUCCCCAAUGUGUGCCGACCCACCUGAAGACCCUCAUCCCCAAUGCCAGCAAUGAGGCCAUCACCCUGAUGAGGGACCUGUUACAGUGGGACCCAAAAAAAAGACCCACUGCUGUACAGGCCCUACGGUAUCCGUACUUCCAGGUUGGCCAAAUCUUAGGGCCUCGUCCUCAGAGCCAAGAGGUUAAGAAGGUCCAGGCCAGGCCACCGGCCCAGAAGCAGACCUCAGAGCCCAAAUCUGAUCCCCAGCAGUCUUCUUCUGAGUCCAAAGCCUCCACAUCGUCCUCCAGAAAUCAACAGCAGCAGCAGCAGCAGCAUCAUCAGCCUCUUCAGCAGAUCCCCCUUCCCCAAACUGAGAGUAAACUGGGUGGCUUCAGCCAUGCAAAAGCAGCAUCGCUGGGCAGUGAGAACACCGUUGGUGGUGGUGGGUUGGCGGUGCUGAAGAGUGGCCGUCGUCGCUGGGGCCAGACAGUGGCCAAGACCUCAGACAGCUGGGAGGAAUCUGACCCUUCAGAAACCGCCGCCUCCAACUCCAAGAAACCCAGCCUGGGGAACGUAGAGGAGGAGAGGAUCCCUAAGGAGCACCGCCUACAGCCCAAGGAGCCGAAACCUCUGUAUUCUUUCAGCACAGUUACUAAGUUACCCAACAAUGUUAAGAUUGGCCAAAUCGACUCAAAUCUCCCAGGAUCUGCCGCACGGCAGCACUAUCUGAGCCAGUCACGAUACUUACCAGGGUUGAUCGGCAAGAAUCAGACUCCUUCCGGAGAUAAGGAGCUGAGUGGUAUGACACUGCGUGACCUGUGGGAGAACUCCUCCAACACUGUAAAUAAACCACUCGCUCCUAUUGGAGGAGGAUUAUCUGUCACCAGAGCCAACGCAGAAGAGAAUGCCUCUAAGUCUGUGGAUAGCCCACCAGAGAAAACUGUUGUUAAAGAAAGAAUACUGGAGAAAAUUGAUCUCUCCAAAGGGAACUUUGUAAGCACCAAAUACAACCUGUCUGGUGCUUAUAUGCCUUCAUUCCAAAAGAAAGAGGUGGGCUCAGUGGGACAGAGAAUCCAACUUGCCCCUUUGGCUGGCCAGCACACAAUCAAUCUUUCUUCUUCUUCUCCUGACAAUAAAAAAGACAAAUCAAAACAUGCAAAGGCCAAGCCCAUAUCCAACUCAUCUUUGAGUGAGACUAAUGAAGAUUACGAGGGCUGGAAGAGGAGGGCAGACAGGACUCAGUUGAAGGGGAGCAGCUACUCAGCCUUGGGGAAAACCUCUGGGAAUCUCAUGACCAGAGCUCCCGCCGUGCAGCCGGUCCACGGCAGGGUGGACUGGACAUCCAAAUAUGGUGGAAAUCGAUAGUUCAGAGCGAGAAGGUGGUACAGCUGCUACUGUUUGCUGGACAGUGUUGGCUAAUGGUACACAUCUUUGGCUAAGGAGGUUAACCAUACUAAAACUCUUAAUCUUACAAAA